AUGAUCAACUUGUUCAAGAAAAACAUUCACUCCUUCUUGAGUUUCACCACCACUGACACUACAAUUGGUGAUGACGAUGAUGAUGAUCACUACAAGCUUCAACUUCAAUCUCAUUACCCCAUUUCAGGGUUGGGUCUCGUCACGGCCACAAGGGAUGUACAUAGGCCUCCGAAUGUUCUGGAAUCUGCCACGUUGAAGCCCAACAACAACCCUCCUCCUCCUCCUCCGCCGCCGCCGUCGUCGACGUCACCGUCCAGGAUUGAAUUCAUCGACGAUAUCGGCGGCGGAGUUGACGGGUUGAUGUCUUGCACCGAGAGUCUAGGGUUUGAGAGUUCCGACGAGAGAAGGAUCAGCGAUAAUCGAAUGGACAAAAUCGAUGACAAGAAUGGUGAUGGUGAUGAAAAGGUGAAUGAUGAUAAUGACGAUGAGGUUUGGCAGAGAAGGAUGAUGAGAGCUGAAGGAAGAGGAAAUUGGAGGAAGGUUAGGUCGUUUCCGCCGCCACUUUCGUCGUUGAACCGGAACGGUAAACCGAGUUUUUUUCUCCGACCGGUGAGGAAAGACGGGAGGUUAGAACUCACAGAAGUGAGAAUACAGCGACCGGAGAUUCUGCAUGCUUCACGACAUGAUGGACGGUUGACAUUGCAUCUUAUUCCAGAUCAAAGUAUUCUAGAAGAAGAGGAAGAAGAAGAAAUAAUAUCAGAUGAGGAGGAAGAAGAAGAAGAAGAAGAGAGGGUUGCAGAGUGGAGGUUCCGAGUGGGAGGGAAAGAAGGGAUUAAGAGGUGUCACGAAAUGGUGAACCAACAUCAUCAUCAUCAUCAUCAUCAUCAUCAUGUUCAUGCAAACCAUCAUCAUCAUCACCACCUUCGAAUGUGUGGAAUCAGCAUUGUGUGA